GCGACUGCGGAGAAUGAGCGCCUCUGGCCGCCGAGAGCAGCCGGAGAAUAAACCCCGAUGAUCUCGGGCUGAUCCCGCACCCACGACCAUGUCGGUGGCCUUCGCGUCCGCCCGGCCGAGAGGCAAAGGGGAGGUCACGCAGCAAACCAUCCAGAAGAUGCUGGACGAGAACCACCACCUGAUCCAGUGCAUCCUGGACUAUCAGAGCAAGGGCAAGACGGCCGAGUGCACCCAGUACCAGCAGAUCCUGCACCGGAACCUGGUCUACCUGGCCACGAUCGCGGAUUCUAACCAGAACAUGCAGUCCCUGCUGCCCGCCCCACCAACCCAGAGCCUGGCGCUGGGCCCCGGAGGGCUGUCGCAGAGCGGCUCGGGCCAGGGCCUGCACUCGCAGGGCAGCCUCAGCGACGCCAUCGGCGCGGGCCUGCCGCCACCCUCCCUCAUGCAGGCCCAGAUCGGCAACGGUCCGAACCACGUGACCCUGCAGCAGACGGCGCAGAGCACGCUGCCCACCACCUCCAUGAGCAUGUCCGGCAGCAGCCACGGCUCGGGGCCCGGCUACAGCCACUCGGGACCGGCCUCGCAGAGCAUCCCCCUGCAGGGCCAGGGCGCCAUCAGCAGCUACGUGUCCCGGGCCAACAUCAACAUGCAGUCCAACCCAGUGUCCAUGAUGCACCAGCAGGCAGCCUCGUCCCACUACAGCGCGGCCCAGGGCGGGAGCCAGCACUACCAGGGCCAGUCCAUGGCCAUGAUGGGCCAGAGCGGGCAGGCGGGCAGCAUGAUGGGGCAGCGGCCCAUGGCGCCCUACCGGCCCUCCCAGCAAGGCUCGUCCCAGCAGUACCUGGGCCAGGAGGAGUACUACGGCGGCGAGCAGUACGGCCAUGGCCAGGCCGCCUCGGAGCCCAUGAGCCAGCAGUACUACCCUGACGGACAUGGAGAUUACGCCUACCAGCCGGCGUCCUACACGGAGCAGAGCUAUGACCGGUCGUUUGAGGAGUCCACGCAGCACUACUACGAGGGCGGAAACUCACAGUACAGCCAGCAGCAGGCGGGGUACCAGCAGGGCACAGCCCAGCAGCAGACGUACUCCCAGCAGCAGUACCCCAACCAGCAGAGCUACCCCGGGCAGCAGCAAGGCUAUGGGCCUGCCCAGGGCGCCCCCUCGCAGUACUCCAGCUACCAGCAGGGACAAGGCCAGCAAUACGGAAGCUACCGAGCGUCUCAGACGGGCCCGUCCGCCCAGCAGCAGCGGCCUUACGGCUACGAGCAGGGCCAGUACGGAAAUUACCAGCAGUAAAGGACAAACAUUCUCAUGGAGGCUUGCAGCGGCAUGUCUGUCUGGGAUGGACAGGCCAGUGACAGUUCUGAUGAGCUGUGACCUGCGGGCUGCCCCUUCACCCCACGCAGCGUCUGCAUGUGAAGCGUGCACAUUUCACGUGGGGUAGGACGCCGAGCGUGCACCGCCGGUGCAAGACAGCGCUUUGAUGGUGUGACAUAUUUGGUGCUGUGUAUAGUAUUGUAUGUCCAUACACGGAGAGGUUGUCCCUUUUUGUCCGCCUCCUCCCCCCCCGCCGUGUUUCUAGCUAGCUUUAGGGGUCCUUUUGUCAUCAGAGUGUUCUGUGCCCAGUGAUGGGACACCUACAAGAGGCCAUAGUCCACGUACUUGUAUAAACAGACCUUAGGGCUGACACUCCUCCUGCACUGUCGCACCGUGGGUUGUAAACUUGUCUUUCACUGUCCGCACCGCAGCUGGACACGUGUGCACAGCCCCUGGAUGGCAGCCUCUUCCUGUGCCUCGAUGGAGGGGUGGGAGGCAUCUUCUGUGAUUUGCGUCAGUUUCUGUUACAGGAUGGAAAGGAUGACUAAGCCUCAUUUGGAGAUGCUGUGAACCGUUAUUUUCAGAGCUCACUCGUUACCUGUGUCUCUCACCAAUUGUGUUUAUCCAAAAAGUUAUAUGCUUUUGUAUUAAAAAGUAAAGAGGGAUCAAUGACUAUGUUCUAAAUAAAUAGGAAUCCAUGAAGGCAAUGAAUGAUUAGCCUUACCCAGGGAGAGUGGUAUUGCUGAAAGAAGGAGAAGGUAGUCUCUGGAAUUACUUUGGCUCUGGCCCUUGUUUAUCUGAUGGUCAUUUCUGGAAUUUUAAUAUUUAAUAUGCCCAAUUCCAAAGUUAUAAUUUAAAAUAUUGACACCAAAUUUUCCAAACUGUUGGCAAGUUGUUUAUUUUAUACCACUUCUUCCAGGACCUACUUAUUCAGAUCUCCAAGCAAGCGUUCCUUUUCUUUUAGGGAUAUCUGAAAUUCACAUCUUAUUUUUAUUUUUUAAUUUUUCUUUAUUUAUUUUUUUGCGGUACGCAAGCAUGUGGGAUCUUCCUGGACCGGGGCACGAACCCGUGUCCCCUGCAUCGGCAGGCAGACUCUCAAUCACUGCGCCACCAGGGAAGCCCCACAUCUUAUUUUUAAAAAGAACACCACUGAUUCUACUGUGUUCUUCCUAAUGAGAAGGAAAGCUCUUAUGGAGAGAAAUUUGAGUCAUUUUUACAUUCCUAGGACAUUAAAUGCCAUUUAAAUUCUGUGCAGACAUUAAAGACAGCUCAUGUGGAAAAGUCAGGUCAAAGGAAAAAUUCUACAUUUCACUAAUAAGUCAUAAGGACAUUUUAUCAACUCUUACCUGGAUAACAAUAUCCAUAUUUAUUAUGACCGCUUUAAAAACAUCUUUGGAUAAAUGCUGACAUAUUUCCAAGACAACCAAGAAAAUAAAAAUAUAUCCAGUUCUUCAUAUAUCAGGUCUACUGAAGGUGAUGUUUUAUUAAGUCUUAAGUUGAAAGCGGUUCUUUAUCCAGAAUUGAAUACUUUACAGUGUAUAAGACAUCUUCGACGUGUUUUUACUGGAAUGAACAAUUCCCAGUCCACACUGGGAAUAUAGUGGCGAUUACUUGUUGCUGUUUUGCAGAUGAAGCACUACGGCUCAGAGGAAAGAAGGGGCGGGUCGAGUAGAAGUCCUGUUCUAGGACCUUCUCCCCUCCUCUGUGGAGACAGAAUCACACAUGCAUUGGGAUAGAAGUGUUUAUUUUGUAGACAUACGGGUUUUUAGAAACCCUUAACACUGGUAAGGGCUUAAAAAUACAUCUCUGUAUUAAAUUAUUGAAAUGAGAGUCCUUAACCGCUAAAUGACACAGACAUUAGUAAUUUCAUUUAGGGAGUCAUUUCCCUUGAUUUUGUCCUGUUCUUUCCUGACAAUUUUCAUAGAAUUUGCAAACUCAGUCGGGGAUUAAAUUUUCCCGUUGAAAAUGUUAAGCAUUUCAGAGAACUGUGAAAAUAGUUUAUUUUUAUUCCUUGCCAAUCUGGGAAUAUGCCUUUUAUGUGUGUGUAUGUGUGUUUGUUUUUUUUAAGUGCUGUAUUAAUACUUUUUGAAGGAAAAGGACACUUAAAAAAACUUAUCCCGAAACGUCAAUCUGAAAUGUCUUACAUUAAGAAUUUCUUGAAUGUUGUGUAUAUAUUUUUAAAAGCACUUUGUGAAAUAGUUUGUACAUCUAUUUCCUAAUUUAUACAUGAUUGUCGGUGUUCAUAUAUUUAAUGAUUAAUAACAAAAUGUUUAUUUAACGUGCUGUCCGUUUUUAUGUAAUAUUGUGGGGAAAGUGAUGCCAGCAGCUCGUUUUCGUUCACUGUUUCGUGUCUCCUCUUCCGCAACACGAAUGUCUGCAGACGCUUAGGCCCGAGAGUCGCUCGCGCGGUUAGGUGCGGUCAGUGCCGCCGAGUUGCCACGGCCGAGCCCCGGGCGGGGCGGGCCUCGAGCGGUGACCGGCGCGGCCCGCGGAGGUGCCGACAGCGCCCAGGCCGCCGGCUGGCCCCGCCGCCUCCGGCCCGAGCAUCCCUCGCGCGCCCGCAGCCGCAGCCGGGCCUCGGCGGUCCGUGCGCGGCGGCCGCUCACACUCGGACCGAGAGGAGGGCGUUUCCGUGUGACUUCCCAGCCCUGACUGACCAGGUCACGCCGUCUCGUCCGUGAGCACAGCCCGGUCCCGGACAACCAUCCUCACCCGUCCGUUUCUCUCCUCAGCCGGACUUUGGCGUCUAAGUUGUUUAUGCCUUUGUUGUAAUUAAUAAACUGGCUCUUCGAGAACCGU